UCGCCGCCGCCGCCUUCUCCUCCUCCGUCUCCUGGUCUCCGUCGCCUCUCGGGGAAAGAGGGAGACACAGUGGGCGUCGCGGGUCGCCGCGUCUCGGGCUGCGCCGCCUCGCGGGGAUGAAGCACCGGCCGUGAAGAUGGAGGUGACCUGCCUUCUGCUCCUGGCGCUGAUCCCCUUCCACUGCCGGGGACAGGGAGUCUAUGCUCCAGCCCAGGCCCAGAUUGUGCACGCGGGCCAGGCGUGCGUGGUGAAGGAGGACAACAUCAGCGAGCGCGUCUACACCAUCCGGGAGGGGGACACCCUUGUGCUGCAGUGCCUGGUCACUGGGCACCCUCGCCCGCAGGUGCGGUGGACCAAGACCGCGGGGAGCGCAUCUGACAAGUUCCAGGAGACGUCGGUGUUCAAUGAGACGCUGCGCAUCGAGCGCAUCGCGCGCACGCAGGGCGGCCGCUACUACUGCAAGGCGGAGAACGGCGUGGGCGUGCCGGCCAUCAGGUCCAUCCGCGUGGACGUGCAGUACCUGGAUGAGCCGAUGCUGACAGUGCACCAGACAGUGAGUGACGUGCGGGGCAACUUCUACCAGGAGAAGACGGUGUUCCUCCGCUGCACGGUCAACUCCAACCCACCUGCCCGCUUCAUCUGGAAGCGGGGCUCGGACACCCUGUCCCACAGCCAGGACAACGGCGUCGACAUCUACGAGCCCCUGUACACCCAGGGGGAGACCAAGGUCCUGAAACUGAAGAACCUGCGGCCCCAAGACUACGCCAGCUAUACCUGCCAGGUGUCUGUACGAAAUGUGUGUGGGAUCCCAGACAAGGCCAUCACCUUCCAGCUCACCAACACCACAGCACCGCCAGCCCUAAAGUUGUCUGUGAACGAGACUUUGGUGGUGAACCCUGGGGAGAAUGUGACAGUGCAGUGCCUGCUGACGGGCGGCGAUCCUCUGCCCCAGCUGCAGUGGUCCCAUGGGCCUGGCCCACUCCCCCUGGGUGCCCUGGCCCAGGGUGGCACCCUCCGCAUCCCUUCAGUGCAGGCCGGGGACUCUGGCUACUACAACUGCACGGCCACCAACAACGUGGGCAACCCUGCGAAGAAGACUGUCAACCUGCUGGUGCGGUCCAUGAAGAAUGCCACCUUCCAGAUCACCCCAGAUGUGAUCAAAGAGAGUGAGAACAUACAGCUGGGCCAGGACCUCAAGCUGUCAUGCCACGUGGAUGCGACGCCCCAGGAGAAGGUCACCUACCAGUGGUUCAAGAAUGGCAAGCCAGCGCGCAUGUCCAAGCGGCUUCUGGUGACCCGCAAUGACCCUGAGCUGCCUGCCGUCACCAGCAGCCUGGAGCUCAUCGACCUGCAUUUCAGUGACUAUGGCACCUACCUGUGCAUGGCUUCCUUCCCAGGGGCACCUGUGUCUGACCUCAGUGUCGAGGUCAACAUCUCCUCCGAGACAGUGCCCCCCACCAUCAGCGUGCCCAAGGGCAGGGCGGUGGUCACAGUGCGCGAGGGCUCGCCCGCCGAGCUCCACUGCGAGGUGCGCGGCAAGCCCCGGCCGCCCGUGCUCUGGUCGCGCGUGGACAAGGAGGCUGCCCUGCUGCCCUCGGGGCUGGCCCUGGAGGAGACGCCGGACGGGAAGCUGCGGCUGGAGCGCGUGAGCCGCGACAUGAGCGGCACUUACCGCUGCCAGACGGCUCGCUACAACGGCUUCAACGUGCGCCCUCGCGAGGCCCAGGUGCAGCUGAAUGUGCAGUUCCCGCCCGAGGUGGAGCCCGAGACCCAGGACGUGCGCCAGGCGCUGGGCCGGCCCGUCCUCCUGCGCUGCGCGCUCCUGCGCGGCAACCCCCAGCGCAUCGGCUCGGCCGCUUGGCGCUUCAAGGGGCAGCUGCUACCUCCGCCGCCUGUUGUCCCCGCCGCCGCCGCCGCCGCCGCCGAGGCCCCGGACCACGCCGAGCUGCGCCUGGACGCCUUGACCCGUGACAGCAGCGGCAGCUACGAGUGCAGCGUCUCCAAUGAUGUGGGGUCGGCCGCCUGCCUCUUCCAGGUCUCCGCCAAAGCCUACAGCCCGGAGUUUUACUUCGACACCCCCAACCCCACCCGCAGCCACAAGCUGUCCAAGAACUACUCCUACGUGCUGCAGUGGACGCAGAGGGAGCCUGAUGCAGUGGACCCUGUGCUCAACUACAGACUCAGUGUCCGGCAGCUGAACCAGCACAACACCGUGGUCAAAGCCAUCCCCGUAAGGCGUGUGGAGAAGGGGCAGCUGCUGGAGUACAUCCUGACUGAUCUCCGUGUGCCCCACAGCUAUGAGAUCCGCCUCACACCCUAUACCACUUUUGGGGCUGGUGACAUGGCUUCCCGAAUCAUCCACUACACAGAGCCCAUCAACUCUCCAAACCUGUCAGAUAACACCUGCCACUUCGAGGAGGAGAAGAUAUGUGGCUACACCCAGGACCUGACAGACAACUUUGACUGGACCAGGCAGAACGCCCUCACCCAGAACCCCAAGCGCUCCCCCAACACUGGGCCCCCCACGGACAUCAGUGGCACCCCUGAGGGCUACUACAUGUUCAUUGAGACAUCCCGGCCCCGGGAGCUGGGGGACCGUGCGAGGUUGGUGAGUCCCCUCUACAAUGCCAGCGCCAAGUUCUACUGCGUCUCUUUCUUCUACCACAUGUAUGGGAAGCACAUCGGCUCCCUCAACCUCCUGGUGCGGUCCCGGAACAAAGGGGCUCUGGACACGCACGCCUGGUCCCUCAGUGGCAAUAAGGGCAACGUGUGGCAGCAGGCUCAUGUGCCCAUCAUCCCCAGUGGGCCCUUCCAGAUUAUCUUUGAGGGGGUUCGAGGCUCGGGCUACCUGGGGGAUAUUGCCAUAGACGAUGUCACACUGAAGAAGGGAGAGUGUCCCCGGAAGCAGAUGGAUCCCAAUAAAGAGACAGGGGACUUGCCUGAAGGGCGUCCGCCACCCCAGCGACCUCGGCGUGACACAGGCCCCAUCCUGGCUGGACUUGAGGUGUGCUUCCGACCUUCCUCCCGUCCCCCAGCUCAAGGCAGAACUUCAGCCUGGUGGCCUGGCCAGAAGGGAGCCGGAAGUGGGCACGCCAGGAAACCCCUCCUCUGGUCAGACUCUGGGACCCCCUCAGUGGAGGGGGCAGAGGUCCGAGAAGGGCCAGGUGGGACCCUGUGAGCUUUGUGACUGUCCCCUGUCCAGAGGACAGCAAGCGAGGUAGGAGCCCUGCUGUGUACACCUGUUCCUGGAGUGAGGGCUCUGUGGCAGCAUCCUCAGUCACCCUGGGUCCUCGGAGCUAUUUCUGGGACGCCAUAUUCUCCUCUUCACUGUGCCCUCUGGAAGGGACCCAGCACAGGAUCAUGGGCCUGGGCAGUCUGAAGACUGACACCUCCCCUGCCUCAACAGCUGGGCUCCCAAGAGCACAGUCCCUAACCUAACUCAGCCCCCAGCUGGGGCUCGGAGGGGCCGGGAGUGGUGGACAGGCCAUUUUCUGGGGUGGGGCAAAGGAGAAGUCCUGCUUCUGUGAUUUUGUGCCCCCACGUAGGAGUUGGGAGUGGAGCUUCCGUGUCUUAUAUAUUCGGCAUGACUGGGUGCCCUGCAUGGGGGAGAGAGGGCAGAGCACUAUCCAGUUGGCCCUUCCCUCCUCCCCCAGGGUCAGUGAAGGAGCGGGGUAUAGAGGUGGGGGUGACGGAUGAGGUGGUGACAGUCCCCUUAUCCCCUGGAGCUGUGAAGGGGCCCCUGUCCCUGGGUCCUAGACAGGAUGGGAGCUGGAGGUCACCCCCUCAGUGUCAGCCCUCAGCAGCCACCUGGCGUCCACAGCAGAGCCCCCGUCCCUCUGUUAUGAGACUGUGCGUGCGUGCGUGUGGGUGCCCGUCUGUCUGCAUACCAUCGAGGGCACGUCUCUGAGCGGGAGUGUGAGUAAAUAAAGGUCUGUGUGCACAGUUGAGCGUAUCUGAGAGUCUGGGUCUGUACCAUCUCUGUGAGUGUGCGUGUCAGCAAGCUUGUCCGCCUUCACAGUGGCCUGUGUGUGGGGGAUUGGCCACGGAGACCACUUCCGGCCCUAUUCUGUAGUCUCAAGCUGCCUUCCACAGCCUGAAAUCCUACCUUUCAUCCCCUGUGGGUGACAAGAAGCUUAUAGAUGAUGCUGCUGAAUGCAAAUGCCUUUGGUGGGGUGUCCCUGGGCUCCUUCAGAGCAUUGGUGGGGACAGCUGCAGAGAGGCCUGGAACCCAGGCAGCCCUGAAGUGCCAGGAGGCAGGCGGGGAAACUGUUCAGCUCCCUGCUCUGCUAGGCCUGUGUUAUCAUCGCCAACAGCUGGUGGGUGGCCAGGCCAGGCUGCUGCAGGGUCUCCCGACACCCGACGAGCAUGACUGCCUUCCUGCCCCAUCCAAGGCUAGGUCUGAAUGAGUCGCUGCAGGUUCCCAGCACAUGCUUCCUUCCAUGGCAGCCCCACUGAUUGUUCCUUAAUUGUCCCAUCUGUGCAGAGUCUGUUUCCCCAACUAGACUGUGAGCUCCUCCUCCGAUCUUCCUGAGCCCUCUCCCCUCCUCCCACUCAUGCCUGGCACAAGAGAGCUUGGUAUGAAAACUACACCGCUUUUGCCCGGUGGAAUGGAUUCCAUAAAGCAAUGGUCCUCAGCCCUGGCUGCAGAAGGCAACUACCACAGGAUCUUUUAGAAAGCACCAAUGCUUGGAUCCCAGCCCAGAGGUUCUGAUUUAACGGGGCUGGAGUGCAGCCUGGCAUCAGAAAUGCUGAAAAGCUGCUCAGGAGACCAGGGGGGAGACACUGGCCUCUUCCCUUGGGGGCGGCCUCUGGGCCCUUGCUGGGGCCAGGAAUGGAGCACCAGAGAAACAGCCCCAAGUGCUUGCUCUUUGGGGCUCCUGUGGCACCCCAUACCCAUUGCCCUCAAACUUGUCCCCCACGAUGGCUGCUUCCUCUUGGGGUCUUGUGUCCCUGUUCACCUCUGAAUCUGUAGAGCCUGACACCACGGGAAGCAUGCACAGCACAGAUGGGCUGAGCGGAACUGCUUGUUGGUCCCGUGUUCCUGGUCUGCAUGGUGAGAAGGGACCCUCUCGGUGUGAGGACAGCCCUGCCCAGAGGGUGCUCAGCCUGCUGCGGUCCUUGUGUUUGUGUCUGCAUGCACCAGCUGGUGUGCGUGGGGUGUGGGGUGUGUGCCCACCCCUGUGAGUCUGUCUGUGAGCCAAAGCUGCAAGGAAUGGGUGUUUUUGUGCAUCCCUGGGUGACGCGUGUCUGCAUCUCCGUGGAAGUGUCACGUGUGCUGUGUGUCUGUGUGUCAGCAUCAUGGUAGGUGGCCGGUGCACACCCCAGCCCCAGGGAUCCAGUGCCUCUCCCAGUGCAGCCUCACCCUCUGGGUCAGGGUGACUGAGGCAUACUGUGGCCUUAAAACAGAGAGUCUGGGGUCAGCCCUCAGGGUGCAGGGGGCCCUCGUCCCUUCUCCCCUCCAGGUUGAUGUCUUGGGGAGAAAGGGGAUCCUGGGACCAGGUAGACCAGCAGCUGAUGGGGAGCCUCGGCUUUACCGGCCCCCAGGAUCACAGAGCUCCCCCCAGGGCUGCCAAGUGAGCCUGAAGACUGGGACCCUCUCCCCACCUUUGCCCUCUGGGAUGGGCCCAGCACCUCUUUCCCUUUCAUUCUCCUUUCCCUUGCACUCUCAAAGCUGCUGUGCAGGCUGUCAGAGCCAGGAGGGGCCUCAGAAGUUCAAAUUCUUCAUGGUGCAAGCAAAGAAGCUGAAAUUGGGAGAGGGGCAGGGACUGGCCCAAGGUCACACAGCCAGUUUGGAUCUAGCCAGCCUUGGAAGCCAGGUUCUAUAGCCCUGAAGGUGUUGCACCACUGGCCAGUGCUCCUGGGAUCUCCUGUCACAAUAGCUAUGGGGACCCAGGCUCCAGGUGCUGCAGAUGUUACUGGGCUUGUCAUGGAUGUCACUGGGCUCCUGCACUGGGAGAGGCACUGUCCCAAAUUCUGGCCUCCGCCUGGGCGCCACGUGGAGCAUCCCACUCUCUGUCCACACUUGUAGCUGCUGCUGCCUCUCCCAGGAUGCCAGACAGAAAAGACUCCAUUUCCUGUCCCCUCUCCUGUCCUUACAAGAGCCUGAUGUAGGGACAGAAGUCAGCAUCCUUCUGCAUCCUCAUCCUCUUGACUUCCCCCUAAGGACCAGGAGGGCUGGAGGUGAGGGAUGCAGAAUCUUUGAUUUUUCCUCUCUGGACAGCUCAAGGUGCCUGGGGACGGGUUUCCCAGAGUCUGUCUGUCCUCAGGAACAUGAGGGUGAACCAGCCCUGGAGAGACCCUGUAGGGCCACUGGUUGAAGUAGAGUUCUGAUUUCAGGGGACCCCUUCCUGCUUCCAAAGGCAGGAAGCGCCCUCUUCUAUCUUGUGUCGGUGGGGUGUGUGUGUGCACGUGUGUGUGCGUGUGUGCGUGUGUGCGUGUGUGCGUGCAGAAAGACCACUCUUUCCUGGGGAUCCUUUGACCCUCAGAGCUGGAAGGGACCUUAGAUGGGAACAUCUAAUCCAGUGCCCCAUUGUACAGGUGAGGCAGCUGGGAUCCAGAGAGAUGGUGUUUGCCUACCCCCUCGCCACCCCCUCAUGUCACCUGCGCCCACUGCCCAGGGGCCUGGUGGGAAUGCCCUCCCAGCUGGCACCUUCCCGGCCUCCUCCAGCUGCCCCUGGCAUCCCUGUCUCAGCCGACUCCGCUGGCCCCUCUGCUCCAGUGCUAAGCAUCCUUCCUGCCCCAUGGUGACCCACUCACCACCCAGAAGGGACAGGGAAGGAGGGGACUGCCCCAGCCCAGAGGCCUCAGAGACUUGGGAGAAAAGCCAAAAGCCCUCACGCCCAGGCCCACAUGUCUGACACCCCGCCCCAGCUCACCCCAGCAUCAAGGUAAAAGCACAAGGAGACCCCUUAUUCACGGGUGGAAUGGAUGGGGUUGUUUUUUAGUCACACGACCCUGUCCUCGCCCCUUUGCCUCGCUCUCUGUCUCCACCCCAGCCUCUGUUCCCCACUUGGCCCUCUCUCACCCCCAGACCCCCAAAUGUAACCUCUAGUUACGGACGCGGUUGUUUGAAUCAAUAAAGCUGCAGUGUUCCAG